AGGAGGAAAUCUCACGUCACAUACGAGCAGAAAAGAAGAUUUAGCAUCAGGUGUGGGCUUGACACCUUGAACCUUCUGACCCCUAAUAUUAGCGAGUCACAUGGAGGGAGAGUCAGUAAGGCCACUACUCUACAUAAAGCUGUUGAGUUUGUGAGGAAGUUGAAGUCAGAGAGACAGGACCACCAGGACGCCAUUGAUCAGCUGAGGUUGGAGGUUCAAAUGCACGAGAAAGCUAUCAGGUGUGUCCACUCACAGCUACCAGCAACGGGCCUUCCCACGUCAGCUAUGGUCGCCAGGUCAAAGGUCAACCUUACCAAAGACAUGUUCUACGAUUUCGUCGAUCGAAGAUCUCGAGACAAUUGGAAGUUCAAAAUUUUUGGUUUGCUAGCUGAACCAUUGUUCUCUUCGUAUGAUGAAGUUGUUUGCACUGUGAACGAAGAACUGUUCAACAAGUCUGUUCACAAAUGGCUGAGUGAACAUUGUUCGUUAACUGCUCUUAGACCAAUCCUGUCGAAUUCCUUGAGAAAGUUAUGCACCAGCACUUGCAUCCUGACGGACCCUGCCCUCUUCCAACGACAGAUCAUCAGUGAGAUCAACUCAUCAAACAACAACAACAACAAUAAAUAA